AUGUCAACCGAGUCAUUACCCCGACGCUCUUUUCUGGGAUUGGAAGGCCAGCAUGUUUUCAUCACUGGCGCCGCUGGCGCUAUUGGGGGUGAAGCGGUGCGUGAAUUUCUAGAUCACGGAUGCCGUGUCACAGCCUACGACAGCCGCCCGCUGCAGCUUUCUGGAAUUGACGCUGAACGCUUCUCGAGACUGCAGCUCUUGAAUGGCGACGUUGGUGAAGAGGAGUCCAUCCAGUCUGGGUUUAAGCAGGCACAGGAACGAUUCGGACCUGUGAAUGUCCUAAUUGUCAACUCCAGCUUGGAGGAUAAGACGAAUGAGUAUCCCAUUUGGGACCUGCCACUGGACGAAUGGGAGAGGAACUAUAGAGUGAAUGUCCGUGGCUCCUUUCUUGCCAUUAAACAUUUCCUGCGCUGUGUGCGUGAAUACCAGCAGACAUCGGGCGCUGAGCUGGCCAGCCCGGCCAUUGUCGUGACGGAAACCGAGACUGGCACUGGCCUUGCUGCAGGAAAGACCGGUCUGCACUACGCCCUUCUCAACACUGCCCGAGAUGAGAUCAAGCAGCUCAACUCGGAAGCCCGGAUCAAUGCUGUCACUCGCGGUCCCAUCAAUAAGACUGGAGAGAUUGCUACCACCCCGGCAGAUGUAGCUCGAACCAUGGCUUUUCUGGCCUCGAAGCGCGCAUCUGGCCACAUUUCCGGCCAAUCUAUUCGCGUUGAAGACAACCAAUAUUCCAUCUCUACGAAGAUCUCGGAAUCAAAGUCAUUGGCUACCAAGGAGCCUGUGCAGUCGAUUCCGCAAGCCCUGUCCAAACCGAAGCGAAACAAGAUCCGCGUUGCAGUUUCAAUCGACCUGGAUGCUGUCUCAGGAUGGCUUGGAACGAGCAAGUCACACCCCAGAUCUAACUAUUCGGCUGGAUUCUUCGCAGCCCGAGUGGGCGUCCCCCGGCUCCUUCGCAUGCUGAAAAAACUGGAUAUCGCCAACCGUUGCACCUGGUUCAUUCCAGGCCACUCGGUCGAGAGCUUCCCCGACGAGGUGAAGCAAGUUGUUGCAUCCGGCUGCGAAGUCGGGCUGCACGGAUACGCCCACGAAGGCGCCUACCAGCUGACGCCCGAGCAGGAGCGAGACGUGCUGGUAAAAUGCAUGGAGAUUGCGCAGAAGCUCACCGGCAAGAAGCCAGUAGGCUACCGGGCGCCUCUCUACCAGCUCCGAGAAUCAACCCUCGAUCUCCUAGAAGAAUUCGGCUUUGAAUACGACGCCUCUCUAACAGACCACGACUGCCACCCAUUCUUUGCCCCCAGACGUCCACCCCUAACGCCAAUCGACUUCUCCAAACCCGCCUCAAGCUGGAUGCACCCCAUCAAAGAAUGCGCCUCCCCUCCCGACAGAAGACCCCUUGUCUGCGUACCCUGUAACUAUUACAUGGAAGACAUGACACCCAUGCAAUUUCUCCCGCACUGCGAUAACUCACAAGGAUACGUCGACACGCGAUUGAUUGAGAAUAUGUGGCGGGACCGGUUCCUAUGGAUCCGGGAUAAUGAAGAGGAGCCUAUUUUCCCGGUAUUGAUGCAUCCGGAUACGAGUGGGAUGGCGCAUGUUAUUGGGAUGUUGGAGCGGAUGUUGAGGUGGUUGAAGGAGUGGGAGAGGGAGGGAGAGGUGGAAUUUUUGCAGACUGGCGAGAUUGCAAGAUGGUGGAAGGAGAAAAUGUUGCAGGAGGGGCAUUAA